GGACGGGUCCCUCGUCUUGCCCGUCAGAGUAGCUGGCGGCAGUGGCGGCUCUGGGAGCUGGGUUGUCAGUCAGUGAGCCGAGGGGGGAAGAUGGCUCUUCGGGACCCGUUUUGCUAGGAAGAAGGGGGGCAGGUGCUGCUACUACCCGGGAAAAGGAAGAGCAGACGCCUUCGCCGUCUCUCGGAGCCGGACGAGGGAAGUUCUGGGAGUGGAGGUCUGGGAGCCGCUCUGCUUGAAGAUUUAGAACAGAUGUGGAAAGAUGUUCACUUCAGAGAAAGGGGUUGUGGAGGAAUGGUUGUCAGAGUUUAAGACACUACCAGAAGCAUCUUUACCAAAUUAUGCCACAAAUUUGAAAGAUAAGAGUUCUUUAGUUUCAUCUCUUUAUAAAGUUAUCCAGGAGCCACAAAGUGAGUUGCUAGAACCUGUCUGUCAUCAGCUCUUUGAAUUCUAUCGCAGUGGAGAGGAGAAGUUACUUCGAUUUACACUGCAGUUUCUUCCAGAACUGAUUUGGUGCUACCUAGCUGUCUCAGCCAGCAGAAAUGUGCACAGCAGUGGAUGCAUUGAAGCUCUUCUUCUAGGGGUUUACAAUUUGGAAAUAGUUGACAAACAAGGACAUAGCAAAGUAUUGAGUUUUACGAUUCCAUCUUUAUCCAAACCAUCUGUAUAUCAUGAACCUUCCAGCAUUGGGUCCAUGGCUCUGACUGAGAGUGCAUUAUCCCAGCAUGGUUUGUCAAAAGUUGUGUACAGUGGACCUCACCCCCAAAGGGAGAUGCUAACAGCACAGAAUAGGUUUGAAGUAUUGACAUUCCUUUUGUUGUGUUACAAUGCUGCCUUAACCUAUAUGCCCAGUGUUUCUCUUCAAUCAUUGUGUCAGAUUUGUUCAAGAAUCUGUGUUUGUGGAUAUCCCAGACAACAUGUAAGAAAAUACAAAGGUGUAAGUAGCAGGAUACCAGUUUCUUCAGAAUUCAUGGUGCAGAUGUUAACAGGGAUUUAUUUUGCUUUUUAUAAUGGAGAAUGGGAUCUAGCUGAAAAAGCAUUGGAUGAUAUUAUUUACAGAGCCCAGUUAGAAUUAUAUCCAGAGCCAUUGCUGGUUGCUAAUGCAAUAAAGGCUUCAUUGCCUCAUGGUGCCAUGAAAUCUAGUAAGGAGGGUACAAGGUGUAUUCAAGUUGAAAUCACACCAACUUCCUCUAGAAUAUCAAGAAAUGCAGUAACCAGCAUGUCAAUAAGAGGCCAUCGGUGGAAAAGACAUGGAAAUACAGAAUUAACAGAUCAAGAAGAACUGAUGGACAUAUCUGAAGUUGACGAGGGAUUUUAUUCCAGGGCUGCAUCUAGUACCAGCCAGUCAGGCUUAUCAAACAAUAGUCACAAUUCUAGUAACAAGACAAGUGUAGGAAAGACUCAGAGACGGUCAGGAGGAAACAAAACUGGAGGAAAAGAAAAAGAAACCACAGCGGAGUCGUGCAAAGAUCACUUUGCUCGAAAACAAACUCAGAGAGCCCAGAGUGAGAAUCUUGAGCUUCUCUCUUUGAAGAGACUUACGUUAACAACCAGCCAGUCCCUGCCUAAACCUAACAGCCAUGGUUUGGCUAAGACUGCUGCGACUGUAUUUAGUAAAUCCUUUGAGCAAGUCAGUGGUGUUACAGUCCCACAUAACCCAUCAGCUGUUGUUGGCUGUGGCACUGGGACAGACGCCAACAGGUUUUCCGCUUGUAGUCUCCAAGAAGAAAAGCUUAUUUAUGUUUCUGAAAGGACUGAACUUCCGAUGAAGCACCAAUCAGGUCAGCAGAGACCUCCUAGUAUUAGCAUUACAUUGUCCACAGAGUAAUUUGUAAGAGUUUUCUCAUGUGACCAAUGAAUCUGGAAUUAUGGCUUUGCUCCUUUAUGAAAGUGCCAGGGUCUUUCCUUCAUCCCUGCUCCUGACAGAGCCCGAUGUUUUAAGUUCUGAAGGCUUUAUCAAGGGAAUAAUGUCUAGGUUGCAGUAAAGUUGAAAUAUGGUUUUGUUA